AUGGCGGACAGGGUACAAGAGUGUCGAGCGGCCUUGCAGAGCUGCCCCCCCGGUAAUUCUGAUCGAUCAGAGUUUCUCAACAGUCUUGCCAACAGCCUUCAUGACAGAUUCGAGCAGCGGGGCGUCCAAUCUGACCUUGAUGAGGCCAUCGAGCUCCAUCGGCUUGCAUUACUCCUUCGUCCCCCCGGUCAUUCUGAUCGAUCAACGUCUCUCGGCAAUCUUGCCAACAGUCUUCGUGACAGAUUCGAGCAGCGGGGCGUCCAAUCUGACCUUGAUGAGGCCAUCGAGCUCCAUCGGGCUGCACUACUCCUUCGUCCCCCAGGUCAUUCUGAUCGAUCACAGUCUCUCAACGAUCUUUCCAUCAGCCUUCAUGACAGAUUCAAGCAGAGGGGCGUCCCGUCUGACCUUGAUGAGUCCAUCGAGCUUGAUCGGGCUGCACUACUCCUUCGUCCCCCCGGUCAUUCUGAUCGAUCAUUGUCUCUGAGCAAUCUUGCCACCAGCCUUCGUACCAGAUUCGAGCAGCGGGGCCUCCCGUCUGAUCUUGAUGAGGCCAUCGAGCUCCAUCGGGCUGCACUACUACUUCGUCCCCCCGGUCAUUCUGAUCGAUCAGCGUCUCUCAACAAUCUUUCCAACAGCCUUGUAAACAGAUUUCAGCAGCGGGGCGUCCCGUCUGACCUUGAUGAGGCCAUCGAGCUCCAUCGGGCUGGACUACUCCUUCGUCCCCCCGGUCAUUCUAAUCGAUCACAGUCUCUCAACAAUCUUGCCGUCAGCCUUCAAAAAAGAUUCGAGCAGCGGGGCGUCUCGUCUGAUCUUGAUGAGGCCAUCGAGCUCCACCGGGCUGCACUGCUCAUUCGUCCCCCAGGUCAUUCUGAUCAUUCACAGUCUCUCAACAAUCUUGCCAACAGCCUUGAUGACAGAUUCAAGCAGAGGGGCGUCCCGUCUGACCUUGAUGAGGUCAUCGAGCUCCAUCGGGCUGCACUACUCCUUCGUCCCCCAGGUCAUUCUGAUCGAUCACAGUCUCUCAACAAUCUUGCCAACAGCCUUGUAAAUAGAUUCGAGCAGCGGGGCGUCCCGUCUGACCUUGAUGAGGCCAUCGAGCUCCAUCUCUCCCAUACGGAUCUUACCGCUGCCAAGACAUGGACCAUCUCUGCCGAAGAUAUGAACCAUGAUUCUGCAUUGCUUGCCUAUCAAACUGCAUUGAAAUUCCUAGAUCAGCAUGUUACUAUACUGUCGCCUUCUCCACACCUAUUUGAUGUCGUCAGGACGGCCACAGCUUCACUUGCCAUGGAUGCUUUCUCGUGCAGUAUUCGUCAUGGCGCACUGACAACUGCUGUGGAACUGGUGGAGCAAGGCCGUGCCGUAUUCUGGACCCAGUUGGCACGCUUGCGCUCACCGCUCGAUGAACUUUCCCUGUCCGGUGACACCGGCGCAGCUUUGGAGAAAGAGUUCAAGCAGCUGAGCAUUAGCCUUCGUAGCGCGCUUGAUCAGUCUACUGGAGAGCAGUCCCCACAAAUCCGACAACUGACCAUGCAAUGGAAUGAUGUCGUCUCCCGCAUCCGCAUGUUGCCCGACUUUUCUCGGUUUCUCCUGCCUCCCCUUUUCUCCAACCUACAGAAGGCUGCUGCUGAAGGCCCUGUCAUCAUCGUCAAUGCUAGCCAAUAUGGCUGUGACGCCUUGAUUAUCUUGAGUGCACAAGACCCUGUCCACGUUCCACUCGAUAUCCCGCAGACUGAAGUCUCCGAGUUGUCUUCGGAGCUCCAGUCCCUCACAGAGGAAUUUGGUGCUUCUGAUUGUCAAUACAGACUUGUCAGCAUCCUCCGCAAGGUUUGGGAUCGUGUUGUUGACCCCGUGGUCCGAGCUCUUAGGGCGUCUGAAAUUCACCAUGGCUCGCGUAUCUGGUGGUGCCCCACUGCCGAGUUCACACUUCUUCCUCUUCAUGCAGCAGGACCGUACGGGAAGGACAAAAACAACUUAUCUGACAUUUACAUCUCCUCUUACACCCCCACUUUGGCGACACUCAUCCGGGCGAGACAGCGGGUUUCUCAAGAGGUGUCCACACAACAUUUUGUUGCCAUCGGUCAAGCAAAUCCGGACGGAGGGAAGGAACUCUGUCAUGUCGCUCCCGAGUUAGCCAUUGUCGCCCAGCAUCUUGGGCCCGUCGUCGCCUUCAAAUCACUCGAGGAUAGCGACGCAACAGUCCAGGGUGCACUUGAUGCACUAAACCAUAAUCAGUGGCUCCAUCUAGCUUGCCAUGGAAUGCCACACCGGACACAAUCGUUCGACUCUUCCUUCGCAAUGCGCGAUGGGCCGUUGACGAUCAAGGAAAUCAUCCGGUCCAACUGGCAGAACCUGGAGUUUGCAUUCUUAUCGGCUUGCCACACCACCGUGGGCCAUGAAAAGAGUCCCGACGAGGCGAUACAUCUCGCUGCGGCAAUGCAAUUCUCUGGAUUUCGCAGUGUGAUAGGUUCCAUGUGGUCUGUCGACGAUGAGGUUGCACUACAAGUUGUGUCCGUUUUUUACCGCAAACUGGUCGAUGGCUCAGGGAGAUUGGACUGCACGCGGGCUGCGGUAGCAUUGCACAAGACUAUGAAAUCGUUGCGCAAGAAGAUUCCACUAGAACAGCAGAUCGUGUUUGUUCACAUGGGUGUCUAG